CGCGGUGUAAUUAAAAUGAAAAACGAGGUCAAGUUUGUCACUCCCACCAAGCCCGUAGAUCCCACCUGAGCAAAAGAUAAUAUACUCGUAGCAGUACAAAUGAAAAGUAUAAACGCGCACAAACACUGCCACACAGACGAUGAUCGAGUGCUAGACGAUUGAAAAACUUCGCCUACAGACGUAGAGGGAAAGCUACUUUGAAGAUGAGUUCAGAUCGCAAUUUCAGGGGUUGUUCUUCAUGCCAUUAGUCACUCAAGUUACACAGCUCAAGUUCCGUAUCAGAUGGAAGGAAAUAUAGUAAAAGGUGUGAUGGGUCAACAGAACAACUAUGAUCAAGUUUGCUAUAAAUCCAUGGAGAUGAGAACUGAGGGAAUUGGAUCUGCAAAUCAAAGAUUUUUUCAGGAUCCCUCAGGCUCUAUUAACAUAAAUGGGCGACCUCCAGAUCUUAAUAUGACAGCUGGACCAAGGCCUGUUCUUAACUUUUCUAUUCAGACCGGCGAGGAAUUUGCUCUUGAAUUUAUGCGGGACAGAGCUUAUUCAAAACAGCCAUAUGUUCCACAUUCAUCAGGUGAUCCUUGUAGUGCCACAUCUUAUAUGGACCUAAAGGACAUGCUUGAAGUAUCUCAUACAGGUUCUGAGAGUGGAUCAGAUAUUUCAGCAGCUGUCACUAUCGACAAAAGUCGGAUUCAAGACCAUGAAAAAAAGAGUACUCUAAAUGAACAGCAUUCCUUAUCCCAAACUGUACAAUCUGUGUCUAGGGUCUCCUCAAGGAAUAAUGAGGGGUGUGGGGUUCACAGGCAUACCCCGAUAAACAGAUGGUCCAAAAAAUAUAAGUUUCUUUGCAGUUUUGGUGGCAAAAUUUUGCCUCGCCCAGGUGAUGGAAAGCUACGAUAUGUUGGAGGAGAUACACACAUUAUUUGUAUUACAAGAGGUAUCUCUUGGGAUGAAUUCAAGGAGAAAAUAUUGACAGUAUACAGCACAACUUACAUAAUAAAGUAUCAGCUUCCAGGUGAGGAACUUGAUGCUCUGGUAACAGUUUCUUCUGGUGAGGACUUACAAAACAUGAUGGAAGAAUGUAAUGUGCUUGAAGAUGGCGGAUCCCAAAAACUUCGUAUUUUUCUCUUUUCACGUGGUGAUUUGGAUGAUUGUCAUCUCGGUCUUGAGAAUGUGGAAGGUGAUGCAGAAUUACAGUAUUUUGUUGCUGUAAAUUGCAUGGAUAUUGGCUCAAGGCAGAACUCAGUUGGUCAGGCAAGUACGUCAGGGAACACUUUAGACGAGUUACUUGGGUUAAGUAUUGAUGGAGAGCAUGGCAGAGUUGUUGCUAGCUUAGCUCCUGUUAAUACUAUGCAUCCAGUGGGUGGGUUUCCUUCAAAUAAAUCAUCUCACACAGUGGGGUCAAGGUCAAUACAUGAAUUAGAUUCCAAUCCACAGGGAUACCAUAAUCAAACCUCGCCUUACAAUGGGAUCAAUAUGCAACGGCUAUCUUCUACAGAACUCAUGGGAAACUUCUCGAGUGUAGAUAGAAGCAGCACCGUCAUGGCGCAGGCUCCUCUAAAUUAUUUCUGUGGUCGUACACCCAAUUCUGCACAGCUUGGCGAGGACAACUUUGUGAUAACUUCUAGCCAGGCUCUGGGAGAGGGAGAUUUAACUGCUGGUUACUCAUUUGGAAACUCCCAUGUGCUUGAUACUGAAGUAUCAGCUAAUGAAAUGAAAAUAAACAGAGAUGCCACCACUCAAAAAGGGAUUGAACCUGGUAAAACUGGUUCUCUGGAAAAGGAGCCUGAGGAAAAGAUAAAGGGAGAACAUACAAUGCAGAAAAUGGACGAGCAUGAGAAAGGCAGGCCUUUGGAAUAUGAAAGGAUUGUCCCUUCAAACCCAGAUGGCAACUCUAUUCCCAAUAAAAGUUCCGGAGUUGAAGAACCAACCUCAGGUGCUUCUGCAAUUACAGGAGAUUUAGCUGUGCUAUUCAAAGGUACUGUAAGAAAUCAGGUUCAGAGGCAGAGUUUAGGAUCUUCUAAAUGUGAGAUGGAAGAAAGAAUAGACCCAGUUAAUGAAGAUAGCCCGCUCGCUGCAUCUAGCACAGUCUCAAACUCUUGUCAUGGCAACUCUGAGGUAUAUCCCUUUGGCUUCAACUCUGAACCUCCUACAGUUCCUCCAAGGCACUUUUGUUCAGAAAGAUUACCCCGCAACCAAGCCGGCUUAAAUCGUUUGUCUAAAUCUGAUGAUUCCUCUGCUUCACCAUUUCUAAUGACUCACCACUCACAAUAUGAGGAUUUGCAGCAGAUGCCAGAAUCAAUUGAUAGAUUUCACAUUGGGAAUGAUUCUAAAGAGGCAAAUCACUCAGCUCUGUCUGCUGCAGUUGAAGAUAAUGCUGUUGACUUCCAGACAUCUCAGAAAGUUGCUGAUGAUUCCAAAAUAGCUGGUUCACACAUACCUAAGGAUGGGGGUAUGACAAACGCUAAGAACAUUGAGCUUAAGCCUGCCAGUUUCCUUGAUAGGGACACCCCCCAACUGGGUCUCCCUCCAAUGAGUAUUCAUGUCCACAGUGAUUCUGCAUCUAAGCCAACUGUGAUUAUUAGUGACAAAAAUAGAGCAAGAGAAAUGAAGUCUCUGGCUGUGAGAGAGCAACCAGCUGGGACGGAUUACCGGGCAAAGCCUUCCGUUAGUGAGCAUGUGGACAUUGUUAUCGAUAUCAAUGAUCGCUUCCCACGUGAUUUUUUAUCCGAAAUAUUUUCAAAAGCAAUGGAUGGAUCAGCAGAGAUUAAUCAUUUUCAUGGUGAUGGAGGUAGUUCAAGCUUAAAUAUGGAGAACCAUGAGCCUAUGCACUGGUCAGUUUUCCAGAGAUUAGCUCAGGAUGAUUUUGUUAGGAGGGAUAUCUCUCUUAUUGACCAGGAUCAUCCUAGUUUCCUGACUACAAGUGCACAUGUUGAUGAAGUGUCAAUAGAUUAUAGUUAUCCAACUUCGAAUAUCAGUGGAGUGGUUAUGGAUCCCCGCUUUAGUAUUGAAACUGACAUUCAACAGCAGUCAACUCUGACCACUGAACCUGCGAGUACAAAUUUGCCUUCAGAUUAUAGUUCUACCCAAGUCACAGGAAUCCAAUCUAUGCAAACUGAGGGUAUCAUUAACCCGAAAACAUCCGAGACAGUAUAUCAGGAUGGGAUCCUGGAUGCCCAAAAUGCUGUUGUUCCCCCAGUUGACUUCCCUCUGCGACAUUUUAAUAUCAACUCUUUACAGAUAAUAAAAGAUGAAGACCUUGAAGAGUUGAAGGAAUUGGGUUCUGGAACAUUUGGCACUGUGUAUCAUGGAAAAUGGAGAGGAACUGAUGUUGCCAUCAAGAGAAUAAAGAAAAGCUGCUUCACUGGUCGCUCAUCAGAGCAGGAGAGGCUGACUGAUGAGUUUUGGCGUGAGGCUGAUAUUCUUUCAAAGCUUCACCACCCAAAUGUAGUGGCAUUUUAUGGUGUUGUGCAAGAUGGGCCCGGAGGAACACUUGCUACCGUUACAGAGUUCAUGGUGAAUGGAUCUCUUAGACAUGUAUUGCUUUGCAAGGACAGACAUCUUGAUCGUCGCAAGAGACUCAUCAUUGCAACAGAUGCAGCGUUUGGAAUGGAAUAUUUGCACUCGAAGAACAUUGUGCAUUUUGACUUGAAAUGUGACAAUUUGCUAGUGAACUUGAAGGAUCCCUCUCGGCCAAUUUGCAAGGUGGGUGAUUUUGGACUGUCCAAAAUCAAGAGAAACACGCUAGUGACUGGUGGUGUAAGGGGAACUCUUCCAUGGAUGGCCCCUGAACUGUUAAAUGGGAGCAGCAAUAAAGUUUCGGAGAAGGUUGACGUCUUCUCCUUUGGAAUCGUACUUUGGGAAAUUCUCACUGGCGAGGAACCUUAUGCCAAUAUGCAUUAUGGAGCAAUCAUAGGUGGUAUUGUGAACAACACCUUAAGGCCACACAUUCCUAGUUUCUGCGACCCCGAAUGGAGAAUGCUAAUGGAACAGUGCUGGGCCCCGGAUCCCGCAGCCCGCCCAUCCUUCACCGAUAUCGCCAGACGCUUACGUGCCAUGACGGUUGCAUGUCCCACAAGACACCCCCCACACCCAACACAGCAAUCCAAAUGAAGUGAUUUGCCAUUUUGUCUGCCGACUCUCACGUACAGUCUACCCCACUUUUUACCCAUACAUAGUUAAUGCUAGAGUUACAAAAAUAGAACUCACAAAAUUCACAAACUCUCAUGGUUGUCUAUUUUUGCAACUCUAGCAUUAGUCAUCCAUACAAUGCAUAUAGUCAUCGUCUUCGUCUGUCUAUAGUUAUCAUCCAACCUCAUCGGUUGACAGAAGGAUGCAUUGGUAUUGAAUUGUGAAGCCAAAUAACGUACUGUCCACGAUUGGUAGUGGACAGCGCAGGUAUGUGUGUAUAUUGUUAAUAAUUGUUGAAUCGCGAGCAGAAAAAAUAUUGCAGUGUAUAUGUAUUGCGGCAUUGAGCCAUGUUUGCACAUAUAAAUACAAGAAGGCUGAUUUUGAGAAUAAGAAAUGUGUAUUCGGAUU